AAUCUUGUGCUGCAAGUUUUUAUUUACCAUAAGUCUCUCUGGAUGUAAUCGUAAGCUUAACAGAAUAUACUUGUGCUACCCCGAAAAAAAAAACUUGUGCAAAGCGCCCCUAUAAAACGCAUGCUGUGGGCCGUACGGCUCUGCGUGCGUUACGUCUUCUGGAAUCUCUUGGUCCCCGUCCCCGUCCUUCAAACCCCCUCACCAAGAAAGCGGAGAUCCAUGGCGGCGCUGGCGUCGAGGAUGGCGCAGCUGCAGUCCAGGGCGGCGUUGGCGAUGAGGCUCGCGGCCAAGCACGGGGGCGCGCUGCAGUCCGAGGCGGCAAGCUUCGCGGCCAAGCACAGGGCCACGCUGCAGUCCAAGGCGUCCGAGGCGGCGAGCAUCGCGGCCAAGCACGGGGCCACGCUGCAGUCCAAGGCGUCCGAGGCGGCGAGCUUCGCGGCCAAGCAAGGGAGCGCGCUGCAGUCCAAGGCGUCCGAGGCGGCGAGCUUCGCGGCCAAGCAAGGGAGCGCGAUGCAGUCCAAGGCGGCCGAGGCGGCGAGCUCCGCGGCCAGGCAAGGGCGCGAGUACCACAAGACGCUCAUGGAGAGGAACAAGCAGUACGUCAUCGAUCCGCCCACCGUCGAAAAGUGCCAGGAGCUCUCCAAGCAGCUUUUCUACACCCGCCUCGCCAGCAUUCCUGGCCGUUACGAGGCAUUCUGGAAAGAGGUUGAUGGUGUAAAGCUGUUGCUGAAAAACAGAAAGGACCUGAAUGUUGAGCACGCCGGGGUUGCCGCAUUGUUUGGCAUUGAGUUGUAUGCGUGGCUUCGUGCCGGUGAGUUUAUUGGUAGAGGAUAUACCCUCACAGGUUACCAUGUCUGAUCGCCGGCGUCUAGCAUGAGCGCACACUAUUAGUCUACAUACAUUUGCCGUCUAGCUAUGAGCGUACAUUGUUAGUCCACAUUUGC